CCGCGCCGCGCCCGCCGCCGGGAGCCGGCGGCCCUGCUGCCCGCGCCGGCCCUCCGCCAGUUGGCCAAGAGAUUGUGGAAUAUUGGGAAUCUGAUCAUGCGAACCCAUACAUUUCUUCAAAAAACAGACUGAACAGGUUGUGCCAAAGAAGAAGCCAAGAAAAAGCGUUUUCUAUCCUAGCAUGGCAAAUGAAGAAGAUGAUCCAAUUAUACAAGAGAUUGACGUGUUCCUGGCCAGAAGUCUGCUGGAGAAGCUGUAUCUGUUUCAGUAUCCAAUUCGUCCGGCUUCUAUGACAUACGAUGAUGUGACACAUUUAUCAGCAAAAAUAAAACCAAAGCAACAAAAGGUUGAACUGGAAAUGGCCAUUGAUACUUUGAAUCCUAACUAUUGUCGCAGCAAAGGAGAACAGAUUGCUCUCAAUGUAGAUGGCACCUGUACAGAUGAAACAAGUACUUAUUCCUCGAAGCUGAUGGACAAGCAAACUUUCUGCUCAUCACAAGCUGCAAGUAAUGUUUCCCGCUAUGCAGCUGCUGUUUAUAAAAAAGGUGAACUUCACCUGACUCCACUACAUGGAAUUCUUCAGCUGAGGCCAAGUUUCACUUAUUUGGACAAAGCUGAUUUGAAACACCGAGAAAGAGAAGCUGCUAACGAAGGUGGUGAUUCAUCCCAGGAUGAAGCUGAAGAUGACGUUAAGCAAAUCACUGUACGAUUCUCCCGCCCUGAGACUGAACAAGCUCGUCAACGGCGUGUUCAGUCCUAUGAAUUCCUGCAGAAGAGACAAGCAGAAGAGCACUGGGUCCAUCUACAUUAUUAUGGCUUGAAGGAUAGCCGCUCUGAACAUGAGCGCCAGUAUUUAUUCAGUCAAGGUCAUGGUCUCGCAGAGAACACAGAAUUAAUUAAAUCUCCCAGUGAAUAUUUAAUGAUGCUGAUGCCUCCAAGUGUAGAGGAAGAGAAUGACAAACCAAUGGCUCCAAGCAAUGUGCUUUCUAUGGCCCAGCUGAGAACUUUACCCCUUGCUGAUCAGAUUAAGAUCCUGAUGAAGAAUGUGAAGGUCAUGCCUUUUGCCAAUCUGAUGAGUUUGCUGGGCUCUGGGAGUGAUUCUACGGCAGUUCUCCGCUGCAUACAGCAGGUGGCAAUGCUGGUCCAGGGAAACUGGGUCGUGAAGAGUGAUGUCCUCUACCCAAAAGAUUCUUCUAGCCCGCAUAGUGGAGUUCCUGCAGAAGUGCUUUGUAGAGGGAGAGACUUUGUUAUGUGGAAGUUCACGCAGGAUCGCUGGGUUGUGCGAAAGGAAGUGGCGACAGUUACAAAACUUUGCCCAGAAGAUGUGAAAGACUUCCUAGAGCACAUGUCUGUGGCAAGAAUAAAUAAAGGUUGGGAGUUCAUGCUCCCUUAUGAUGAAGACUUUGUGAAGAAGCAUCCAGAUAUAGUUCAGAGGCAGCAUAUGCUGUGGAUGGGCAUUCAGGCCAAAUUAGAAAAGGUCUAUAAUCUCUUAAAGGAGCACUUGACACCAAAGAAGCAAGAGGCACAAUCAGCUCAUCCAUUGCUGGUUUCUGGGGAGCAAAGAGUCAAUAUGGCUAAAGCAAAAGUCAAACAGAACUAUGGGCAGCUGGAGAAGGAGUUCCAGAAGCAAAAGGCAGAGAUGAAAUCAAAUGACACCUCAACCAAGAUGGAUGUUUCCAACAUCCGCAUUAAAGAGGAGCCUGUUAGUGACGAGGAGCCCAUGGACACCUCAGCCUAUGAGGGCUUGAACAACGGUAUUGUCAAUGGUCUCCAUGCAGAGGAGGACUCCACGGACUCUUUAAAUGGCCACUUGCCUGGAGGCUGCAUUGAUCGAGUAGCCCAAGAACUGAAGGCAUUUGUGUCGUCAACGUUUAAGAAACAAUUUGUACUCACCCUGAGUGAGCUUAAACGGUUAUUUAACCUUCACUUAGCCAGUCUGCCUCCAGGACAUACGUUGUUCAGUGGCAUUUCAGACAAAAUGCUACAGGACAUGGUGUUGGACACUGGCUGCAAACAAAUUUUGGUGCCUUUUCCUCCGCAGACUGCUGCUUCACCAGACGAGCUAAAGGUUUAUGCACUUUGGGAAGCUGGUGACACUUACGAUCAGCAUCGCCAAGUUUUGCUUGAAAUCUUUUCAAAAAAUUAUCGAGUGCGCAGGAAUGUCAUCCAGAAUCAGUUGAGUCAAGAAUGUGGAGAAGAUCUAAACAAGCAGGAGGUGGAUAGAGUGUUAAAGGACUGCUGCGUAAGCUAUGGUGGCAUGUGGUAUCUUAAAGGGACAGUGCAGUCUUGACAACAGUGGUAGGACUUUCUUUACUUCAAAUUAUCUCCACGACAAAAGAGGAAAUCUGCGGUGGGUGGCAUAGCCAGAGCAAUGCCUUGUCUUCAGGGAGUGUGGGGCAGGAUCAGAGCUGCUUAGGGUCCUACAGGCGUUGCAGAAAGACAAGUCAUUGACACCACUGUAUACUCACAUACAUGUUUGCAUGGCCGCCCAAGUACAGAGAGCAACUGGGAAGACAACAUGGGACCCUGUCUGCAGUUUGAUUAGUCUGGGAUUCCUGAUGUAUUUUGCUUCUCCUUCUGUUUCGUUAUAAUGAAAUAAAACCAUAUACUGACACAGACAUGAUGGAAAAUCAUGGUUAAUAUUUUAUUUUGUAAGUAAUGCCAAUAAAUUAAAAUUGUUUACAAACAUCCCAGUCUUUGUUAAAUAUCUAGAUGCUCAUACCUUAGUCUGAGUGUUACAAUAGCCCUUGUACCCAACUUUUAUAAAGAAGAAAUAGUGAUGUUCAUGAAGAUGUCAGGCCAAGGGAUGGGUGGGUGAAGGAAACUAAUACUGCUGUAUUUAAACUUUGUACCACAGAGCAAAUGUUCUCAGCUGUUGUUUGUGAAAUGAGUUAUAACAAAAAGUAAUUAUGUUUGAAACAGAUGUGGAACAACUACUGGCUUCUUUUUACUGGUGCAGGUUGGUUUUGAGGGGUAUUUUGCAUUACUGCAUGCAGAUACAACAAGGUAAGUAACAACGCAUGGCCUGGAAGGCAUCCAGCUGUAGUUAUCACACUUAACACCAAUGUAAAACCUAUAUUUUGUGUAAUUCUUUUAAAAUAAAAUUUUAUCUUGAAGGUCAA